AUGAUUCUCGCAGAUCUCUUCUCCAUGAUCCUCCGCCUCGCAGAGCUGGCCUUUGGCGCCAUCGUGGCAGGCCUGAACGGCGACUACCUGCACGCGGCGCAGCACGCCGACUCGUGGCAGCUCCACCGCUUCAUCUACGCCGAGGUGGUCGCGGGGGUCUCCAUCUUCUUCGCCGUCGUCGGGCUGUUUCCCUUCAGCGGUUGCUUCAUCCACUGGCCAGUCGACUUCAUCAUCAGCGUGGCCUGGUUUGUGGCCUUCGGGCUGCUUGUUGACUGGCUAAGCGGUAACUGCGGGUAUGUCUUCGACUGGGACGGCCUGGCGUUCGAUGGCUCCGCCUCUUGCGCCCAGUGGAAGGCUACGAUCGGCUUUUCGUUCUUGAGUGCCAUUUGCUGGCUCGUCAGCGCCAUGCUGGGCAUCUACUGGGUUCACCGUCACACCGCUCCUGUCGGCGGGUCCUACUCCCGGCGCCCCUGGUACCGCUUGCGCAUCUAG